ACCAGCAUCAUGCUCCUCGGGCUUGGAUCGUAGAUCCCCCUCUUUGAACACUAAAACAUCUUCGUCUUUCAGCGUCCCAAGCAGACCCAGCGAGAAAACAAGCGAGAGGAAAGAAAGAGGAGGAAGACGAAAAUCUGCAACCAAGGGGACUAAAGCAAAGAAAAAGAGUGCUUUGCUUGCACAGCUGCAAAGUGGGAAUUUAAAGAGCUGCAGAGAGAGAAAUUCCAGCUCAUCAGCACAUACACGUUGCAGAAUUACAGAUCCAGGUAGAAAUGACAUCGACAGGGAAAGAAGGCAGCGGAGCUCAACAUGCACAAUAUGUUGGACCCUAUCGUUUGGAGAAAACCCUAGGAAAAGGACAGACAGGGCUUGUGAAGUUGGGGGUUCACUGUGUCACGUGUCAGAAGGUCGCGAUAAAAAUUGUCAACAGAGAGAAGCUCAGUGAGUCGGUGCUAAUGAAGGUGGAGCGGGAAAUAGCCAUCCUGAAGUUGAUAGAACAUCCCCAUGUUUUAAAGCUGCAUGAUGUUUACGAAAAUAAGAAAUAUUUGUAUUUGGUGCUAGAACAUGUGUCAGGUGGGGAGCUCUUCGACUAUCUCGUAAAAAAGGGAAGAUUGACACCAAAAGAAGCCAGGAAGUUCUUCCGACAAAUCAUCUCUGCUUUAGACUUCUGCCACAGUCAUUCAAUAUGCCACAGGGACUUAAAACCAGAAAACCUACUGCUGGAUGAAAAGAACAACAUCCGGAUAGCAGACUUUGGGAUGGCAUCGCUGCAGGUUGGAGACAGCUUGUUAGAAACCAGCUGUGGAUCACCACAUUAUGCUUGUCCUGAAGUCAUCCGGGGAGAAAAAUAUGAUGGAAGGAAAGCAGAUGUCUGGAGCUGCGGAGUCAUUUUGUUUGCGUUGCUAGUGGGUGCCCUGCCGUUUGAUGACGACAACUUGCGGCAACUGCUGGAGAAGGUGAAGCGUGGAGUGUUCCACAUGCCCCAUUUUAUCCCCCCCGACUGUCAGAACCUUUUGCGGGGGAUGAUUGAAGUGGAUGCCUCGAAACGUCUCACGCUAGAACAUAUUCAGAAACACAUAUGGUAUAUAGGGGGUAAGAAUGAGCCAGAACCAGAGCAACCAAUCCCUCGAAAGGUGCAGAUUCGUUCUCUGCCUUCCUUGGAGGAUAUUGAUCCAGACGUGUUAGACAGCAUGCACUCAUUAGGCUGCUUCCGUGACCGAAAUAAACUCUUACAGGACUUGUUGUCGGAAGAAGAAAAUCAAGAAAAAAUGAUUUAUUUUCUUCUGCUUGACCGGAAGGAGAGGUAUCCUAGUCAUGAAGAUGAGGAUCUUCCCCCUAGAAAUGAAAUAGAUCCCCCCAGGAAGCGUGUGGACUCCCCAAUGCUGAACAGGCAUGGGAAGCGGCGGCCGGAGAGGAAGUCCAUGGAGGUUCUCAGUGUGACAGAUGGCGGAUCCCCAGUUCCUGCUCGCAGAGCUAUUGAAAUGGCACAGCAUGGACAGAGUAAAACAAUGUUCAGUAAAAGCCUGGAUAUCUCUGAAGCCAAUCCCAAAUUCAACAAAGAAGAAAGGAUGGCGAGUGCUGAUCCAUUGGGGUCUCGGUCAAUCAGCGGAGCAUCGUCUGGGCUCUCCACCAGUCCUCUCAGCAGUCCAAGGCCUAUCAGAAAGUUCUUCAUCCCCCCUCAGACCUCCGACCUCCCUUUCUCUCCCCGACCCCAAGUCUCCUUGGACCCUGAUGCUUGUAGGAACGCCUCCAGGCCUGGACAUGUACUCCAACCAAAGCCAGCGCUUCAGCCCAAUCCAAAGACGCAGACUUUGCCAUCCAAGAGCAAAUUGGCUGAAAAACCACUCCAGUCUACUAAAUCCAACCCACUCCCUGCCAGCAAUACCAGCGCCCCCUCUUCCCAGAACAACCCUGUGCAGAACAUUCAGGGCCGCUCACCUGCUGCCGGCUUUAACCCACAGCUGGCUGUUCCUAAAGUGCAAACCAACCCUAUGUCUCCUGUUAGAUUACUCCCUUCUAGUACUGACCCAAGCACCAAAUCUAUCCCCAUCAUACAGGUCACCCCUCACCCCUCUCCAAGGGGAAGUCCCCUCCCUACCCCCAAGGGGACACCUGUUCAUACGCCAAAGGAGAGCCCAGCAGGCACACCCAACCCAACACCACCAUCCAGCCCCAGCAUUGGAGGAAUGCCUUGGAGGACACGGCUCAACUCCAUCAAGAAUAGUUUCCUGGGGUCUCCUCGCUUCCAUCGUCGGAAAUUACAAGUACCUACACCAGAAGAGAUGUCUAAUUUAACCCCAGAAUCAUCCCCAGAGCUUGCCAAAAAAUCCUGGUUCGGUAACUUCAUCAACUUGGAGAAAGAAGAACAGAUUUUUGUGGUCAUUAAGGACAAACCAUUAAGCUCCAUUAAGGCUGAUAUAGUCCACGCUUUCCUCUCGAUCCCAAGUCUCAGUCACAGUGUCAUCUCACAGACAAGUUUCCGUGCAGAAUAUAAGUCCACAGGAGGUCCUGCUGUCUUCCAGAAGCCAGUGAAGUUCCAGGUGGACAUAACAUACACAGAAGGGGGAGAGGCGCAAAAGGAGAACGGGAUCUAUUCUGUCACUUUCACACUCUUAUCAGGUCCAAGCCGUCGCUUUAAGAGGGUAGUAGAAACUAUUCAGGCACAGUUGUUAAGCACACAUGACCAGCCUUCAGUGCAGCAGUUAUCAGACACCACUAACUGUAUGGAGUUGAUGACUGGCAGACUUUCCAAAUGUGGCAGCCCAUUGAGUAACUUCUUUGACGUAAUUAAACAACUUUUUUCAGACGAGAAGAACGGGCAGGAAUUAUCCCGAAAAGUUAACAUGUCAGCCACGGCUUCACCUUCUGUGCUCUGCGGACACUUGUUGAUGGAAGGCAACCGAUGUAGACUGUCCAAGGACCAGUCCUGUUUGAGGUUCCCAGCCUCCCCUCUCCCUUCAGGAAGUGGGCUUCUCCCCCACUUCUCCCCAGUCACCUCCCCAGUGCACGCCUGGUUUUUUUUCUCCCCUCUCUUUUUCUUUUUUGGUGCUCCACAAGAGAGAUCUGCUCAAUUAUGGGAUUGCAGAGUCUGGGCUCAAAGAAGGUUGCAAAUUGUUGGAGUGAAUUAUUUACCCUUGGCAACUUCUGUCCGCGCAGGUGAACGCAGCCUGGAGAGGGAGGGUGUGGGCAAGGAUUUGGGUGUAGCGGGAGCACAGUGUUCCAUGAAUCCAGAGCACGUUCUCAUCAGAAACCAGCCAGGAGCAACUCAAAACUAAGCGUUGAACCAAGACAAUAUUGGGGAGCUUCAUCACGGGAUUUUCUUACAUUUUUUUUUCCUCCCCACCACCUUUUCCUUUUCUUUUGCCCCCUUUUUUUAUAUAUACAUGUAUAUAUGUGUGUAUAUGUAUAAAUAUACAUACAUACAUAUAUAUGUACACACACACAAACUGGUUUUUUUAUACUGUAUCAUUUUGCUUUUUAACCUGCUGGAAGGGGAAGGGAGUAAACAUAGGAGGGAGAGGGGGUUCAGUGAAUAAACACAUACAAACAACACAUUAAAAUUUAGGGAAAAGGCAACUUCUGGUAGCAAAGAAGAGGGACAAGACCCUGCCAAGGACUGUCUCUCCCAUCACCAGGCACAGUUGCUGCUGCUGCUACUGCUGCUCCUCCUUCGACACCUUCCUCCCCACCUGUCAACUCCCUGCCACUGUGCCACCGCGCUGGGACCUUCUUCAACCAGCUGGAUCCUCCACCACACCCUGCAUUUAGAGGCAAUUGUUGUGUUGCUAGUGCCGCAUUGAUAUCAGUAUUAUUAUUUCUUUAAGUUACCAGUCUCAUUUGUUGGCUUGGGUGGUUUUUUUCUUAAAAAAAAAUGAAAAAAGAAAAAAAAAAAAAAAAGAAGAUGAAGAGGAGGAAGAAAAGAGACUUAUAUUGGGUUUUAUUUCCUCUGUGCGUAUGUGUGUGUGUGUGCAAAAUCACUGGCACUUGGUUCAUCAGAGCGAGACAAGGUGAAGUCAGGGCAAUGGGAGACUUAAUCAUGAAGCUACUGUAAACUUUAAAAUUUACUGCAAGAUAUUUUUAUAAAGUUUUUGUUUUGGAUUUGUUUUUUUUUUUUUUUUUUUUUGAAAGGGAGGAGGGUGGGAUUGGGUGGAUGGGGACUUUUUUUUGUGUUUCAGUUAUUAGGUCUUGGUUAUUUAUAUAUACAUAUAUAUAUAUUUAAAAAAUAAGCUGUUAGAUAUAUCUUCUGUUUAAUAACUGUGUGGAGGCAACAUUGAUUCUUAUUAUUUUGUGGAGGAGGGGGAAAAAGACACAGAAACCUUGUAAGUGUUCAUUUUGUGACUUUGAGAAAGAAGAAUUGCCACCUUUUUUCCUCCUCCUCAAGAGUUAUGUGACCAAGUGUAACUUAUUCUGGCCCAAGCUCAAAGGUUAAACAAACAAAAAAAUGUGGUUUUACACGUGGAAGACAAAACACAGUGAGAAGUAUUUCUUGACUGAGAUUUUAAGAAUGUAGGCUUAGCAUUAGUGUUCAGCUCUUUUAUGACCCUUGAUUGCUGCUCGUUGGGUUCCUAUGGGUGUAUGUUGUAUCGCAAGAUAUUUUUUUAAUUAUAAUGUUGGAUGAGUUAUUUUUUGUUGUUGUUGUCGUUGUUGGUUUUUUUUAAUAAUUUUUCCCCUUCUUCGACCAGUUUUACUUGUACAUAGGUUUGAAGAUUAAAAAGAAUUUUUAAAGACACGACUGGGGCAAAGACCUUUGACUUCUGCCCUGUUUCCCCAUUCCCCCAAAUGGGAGAGAUUUUUUUUUUUUUUGCUUUAUUUAUUUAUUUAUUUAUUUAUUUUUCCCUAUUCUUAAACUUUUCUCUCUUGUAUUGCUGUGUGCAUGUCAGACACCAGGGGGUGAUGGCUGGGGAGGGGGGAAGGCAAGGGUGCAGGAGAGGGGGGCAGUUUUAAUUGCAUGACAUUGCUGUAAAUUAGUCUCUUUUGCUUUCGUUGUCUUUCCUGCCUCUGCUCUCUCUCUACUUCUCCUCUGAGCUCCCCUCCCAUCACCCCCAUCCUUCUUUUCCCUCUUUUCUCUUCCCUUGUGUAUAGAUUUUGAUGCUUCUGUUACAUUGUACCUCUACAAAAGGCUGGGAUUUCAAUACAAGAUAAUAAUAAUAAUAAUUUAAAAAUACCUAUAUCAGCAAAACCCAUGUGGUACAAGCAGGAAGGGGAUUACUUACACAAGAUAUAAGAAUAAAUGAAAGCAAUACCUCUUGUUAUCCUUCCUAUUUUGUACUUUGAAGACACACACUCGCGCACACACACAUAUACAGACACAAACUGACAUUAUUUAAUGGUUUGAAAUGGACAAAAAAAUCUGAUGUAUCCCUUGUUAAAUAACUGUGAGCAACUUUAGUUCAAAAACCAAUAAAUUCAUUCAGUAAAGAUA